AGGGGCUCCGAGCGAACCAGCGAGCGAGCGGCGCUCGGCGGGGACAGAGAGAGAGGCGCGGACGGGCGAGGCGGGCCCGUCCGGGAGCCGGCGCGGGGGAAGGGGUGCAGGUCUGGGCGCCGGAGCGGCGGCGCGGGGAGCGGGCUUCAGCUUGACCCCCACGGGCCGCUGUCCUGCAGGCGCGCUUGGGGCCACGGGGCGGGCGCACGCUGCCUUCUGCUCCUAGUCAAGUGUCUGAGCCGCUCCGAAACUCCGGCGGCGAGUCGGCCACAGGAAGUUUAUUCUCGGGCUCCUUUUCGAAAAGGAGGAAAUAGAAGUUUCUCCAAGCGGGCAGCCUUUCUUUUCGCCCUUUUGGCCCUGUCUGAGAUCGGGGGUCCCCAGAGCUGGUAGGCGAGGCUCGCCGAGCUCCAGUUCUUUUUUGAUUUCCAGUUUUGGAUCGGGCCGUGUGUCCGGCUGGGCUCCGGCUGCGCGCGGGGGCGGGAGGGCGCGCGCAGGGGAGGGACCGAGGGACGCGCCGACUUUUUAGAGGGAGGGACUGGGUGGACAACUGGUCCCGCGGCGCUCGCGGAGCAGGAAAGAAGUGCCGUGCGAGGCGCUCGGGGGACGCUUCCCGGAGUGUCGCUGCUUCCCUGUCCGCGCCCGCCGCCGUGGGAAGCCCGGGAACGAAGACUAGAGCCCGCGGCGCGGCUGGCGGACGAGCGAGCGCGCAGCAGCCGGUGCGCGGCCGCGGCGAGGGCGGGGGAAGAAAAAACCCUGUUUCCUCUCCGGCCCCCACCGCGGAUCAUGUACCAGGAUUAUCCCGGGAACUUUGACACCUCGUCCCGGGGCAGCAGCGGCUCUCCUGCGCACGCCGAGUCCUACUCCAGCGGCAGCGGCGGCCAGCAGAAAUUCCGGGUAGAUAUGCCUGGCUCAGGCAGUGCCUUUAUCCCCACCAUCAACGCAAUCACGACCAGCCAGGACCUGCAGUGGAUGGUGCAGCCCACGGUGAUCACCUCCAUGUCCAACCCAUACCCCCGCUCGCACCCCUACAGUCCUCUGCCGGGCUUGGCCUCUGUCCCUGGGCACAUGGCCCUCCCGAGACCUGGCGUGAUCAAGACCAUUGGCACCACUGUGGGCCGCAGGAGGAGAGAUGAGCAGCUGUCUCCUGAAGAGGAAGAGAAGCGUCGAAUCCGGAGGGAGAGGAACAAGCUGGCUGCAGCCAAGUGCCGGAACCGACGCCGGGAGCUGACGGAGAAGCUGCAGGCGGAGACAGAGGAGCUGGAAGAGGAGAAGUCAGGGCUGCAGAAAGAGAUUGCUGAGCUGCAGAAGGAGAAGGAGAAGCUGGAGUUCAUGUUGGUGGCCCACGGCCCCGUGUGCAAGAUCAGCCCCGAGGAGCGCCGAUCGCCCCCGGCUCCUGGACUGCAGCCCAUGCGCAGUGGGGGUGGCCUGGUGGGUGCCGUGGUCGUGAAACAGGAGCCCCUGGAAGAGGACAGCCCCUCAUCCUCAUCGGCAGGGCUGGACAAGGCCCAGCGCUCCGUCAUCAAGCCCAUCAGCAUUGCCGGGGGCUUCUAUGGGGAGGAGCCCCUGCACACCCCCAUCGUGGUGACCUCCACGCCUGCCAUCACUCCAGGCACCUCGAACCUCGUCUUCACCUAUCCCAGUGUCCUGGAGCAGGAGUCGCCUGCGUCACCCUCUGAGUCCUGCUCCAAGGCUCACCGCAGAAGCAGUAGCAGUGGAGACCAGUCAUCAGACUCUUUGAACUCCCCCACUCUGCUGGCUCUGUAACACAGAGCACCUCUCCUCCCAGCUCUGGAGGAGGCCCUCGGCACUGCCUCCUUCCCAGGGACCAGCACCUUCAAGCACUCCAGGACCACAAGGGCAAGAGGGACACCCUGCCAGGGAGCUUCCUGGCUCUGGCGGACCCAGGUGGGACUUGGGCUGAUCUCUUGGAAGCCACGGGACCUCCCUCAUUCAUCUUGCAAGCAAAUCCUGUUUCUUGAAAAGCCUUGGAGUACUUGGUUUGGUGGACUCGGACAUCUCUCUGGCUUCUGAAGAGCCUGAAGCUGACCUGGACCGUUCCUGUCCCCUUAUUACAAUAUUGUCUCUGGAGUGAUGGUGUCCUUCCCCACCCCACCAAGCAUGCUCAGUGCCUUUUGGUUUCACCUUCUCUCGACUUGCCCCUUCCCUCCCCAAGUGUCAAUUUCAAUCCCUCUUGGUUUUUAUCAGAUUUGCCAUGACAUUUCAUCUGGGUGGCCUGAAUAUUAAAGCUCUUCAUUUCUGGAGAUGGGGCAGCAGAUGACUCUUCUGCUGGGGCUGACUUGUCCAGAAGGGGACAGUCAGAGUGCAAUACAGAACCUUCCCUACCCUUCCGCUCCCCAGUGCACCACCAUCUCCAGAACUACCAGCAGGGCCUCCUGAGCUCUCGAGGAGAUGCUACCUUCACUGGAGGCUCAGAGGACCCUUCGUCCCCACCCUUGGAGACGGCUUUUGGAGGAGCGGCUUGGCCAGAAGACAGGGUGUGAGUGAGACAGCUGGGGCACAGGAUGGGUUUGCCAAACGCCUAAUUACCAGGCCAGAAAUAGUGCCAACAAAGCCACACAGGUGUCCUAGCCAGCUUCCCUUCAGCCAGUGUCUUGAGCAGGGCGUCUCCUGUAAUUACUGCCUUGCCAUUCUGCCCCUGGACCCUUCUCUCCAGGCCAGAGAGGCGUCCCUCCCUAGGAACCACACAUCACUCCAAGUCCUGGUUGGGCUCCACCCUUCCCCCACCUGGCUCUCAGGGUGACGCCACCCAUGGAGAUUUAAUGAGCGUGAGCCUGGACCCUCCCCAGCUUGCUGCCAGGUGGCCCCUCCCCACACCUCAGAGGAGCAUCUGCUGGGGAUGUGGAUGGGAAGGCAGGAGAGGGAGGGGGAGGCAGUCGUUGGCUGGUGUUUGCAGCGGCAGCCGCCGCCCCUGAGCCUACCUGCCUUGCCCUCCCGGGCUGCUUGCUUCUCAGUGAGGCGCUGGGCCUUUCCUGCUCUCUGUGGUCAUCUGCCACCCGAUGCACCAAGUGCUCUCUCUUGUCCACUCCCCUGCCCCCACCCCGGUGUGUUCUGGCCGGGUCAGCAAGCUGUGAACAGCCAGCUGAGCUGUGGCUGUGGCUGUGGCUGUGGCUGUGGCUUACGCGCCAUUCCUGGUUGUCUGUCAGAUCCUUCCAGCAGCUGAAAUCAGAGCUAGGAUGUAUUGCUUCCCCCUGCACAGAGCUGUCGCCUUCCCACGGAGGUGGGGGGUGGAGAAGGGGUCAUUCUGGCCUCCAGCAAGAACACAGCUCAGUGGAGUCCAUGCCUCUCACCCUCUGUGCCCUUUCUCCCCAGGGCCCAGCUCCUUCUGAGCUUUCUGUCAAGUAGAGCCUUGGUAGGGUGUCCUGGGAGCAGCUCUGGUCACACCUGGCCUCUGCUGGGAUAGUGCUCUGAGGGAGACUCCACUAUUGGUGAUUCAGCUCUAGAGAUCAUUGUGUGCUCAUUUUAAAUGAUAAAUUUCCAAGUUCGACUCUGGAGAGAGUAGCGACACACCUCUGUUCCUUCACACACCAAGACCACACGUGCUGGUCAUUGUUUAAUGUCCGUUACCCACUGACAUGUGCUAGACACUCAGCAUGAAGCAGACUCUGCUUAAACAGCCCAGUGGGACUGGAAGUGACGUAAACCAGGAUAGGCCGUGCAGACAGAGGAGAUGAACAGAAAAAGAUUUCGUUCAAAAAACUUUAAAAGUGUAAUUUCCCACAUUCUUUGGCUAUAAUGCUGGCUUCCCGGUUCCCCAGGGGCUCUUGGAGAGGUGCUCCUAAGAAGAUCGGGCAAUUGAGUUUCUGGCUUCAGUUUAAGAAGCAGAAUUAGCCAGGAGUAGCGGGAGAUUUGCAAAGAAAACGGGUGCACUCAGCUCAGAAAAGCUUAAUCAUCUCAAGUGGCAUUUGUAGCCAAGUGGGAGCUAUUUGUUUCUUUAUGCAUGUAGAUAUUUCUUUAAUGAAGCUGGUUUCUGGUCUUUUAUUUCUCAAAGCCCCCUUAUGCCACACUUUGCACAGCAUGGAUCCCAAUGCAGGUCACAGUCUAUGACUUGGGGCCAGGCUGGACAUUCCUGAGACAGGGUUUGGCUUCAGUUCAGAUUUCACUCGGUAUUGGCGUUGGGACAAGCAGAAGGCAAAAACCCAGCCAACCCCCAGGACUUUAAGAGGCCUUUGAGCUGUGUUCCUUUUUGAGACCUUCUGGCUUUGUCCUGGGAGAUUGUUUGGCUUCCCCAAAGCCAGAGGUUAUUCAGGGAAGGCUGAAUAUUCACACCUAAUCCAUGAGCAUAUCCUCAGUUUACUUCCUUCUGGCUUGCUGUCCAAGUUCACACACACACAAACAUCCUUGGGCCAGACACCUGGCCGGCUGCUUCCUCCUACACGGCUCCAGCUAAGGGAACAGCUGCAGUGGGGAUGCCUUUGUGCUUGGGUUAGGAACUGCUGUGUGCUUCCCCGUGUCCCUGGCCACGAGGCAGCUGAUAUGGACUCCGGCUGGGCUGCAGGCAGCUCUGGGAUGGCAUAAGGCAGGCAUUUCUUGAUAAGCUAGUGGGAAGCACGCAGUCCUCUUGGCCACCUGGCGGGCCUCUCUGGGAACAGUCCUCUCCCUGGCCUCAUGGAUGAGGACAGCUGCUGAUGCAGGAAAGAGAGGAGAUCCUAGGUGAAGCUUAGGAAAUUGCCAGAGCCAACUCCAAGCAGAGAAAUCACUGGGGGGGUGGGGGGUUCCGAACGCAUCAAACAUUGUUCUGCCUAUGUGAGAGGCCAGGUGUGUCCACUGUGGCUAGUCACACAUGCAUCUCAAAGCCAAGGGCCAUCGGGGGUGGCCGCUUCUCUCUCAGGCUUUGGGGAAAGGAGUCUCCCUCUGCUUGCACUUGAGUCCAGGCAUGAGGGGGGGUUGUACUGUCUGGGGCACUGGGACUUUUUUCUUCCUUUUCCCUGAUGGACCAACAGUGUUCCUUAAAAUCUCGCCAUUUAACUUUCAGGUUGGUUUCCUUCCCUCAUCAGACAUCUGCAUGGCCCCUUUAGGAAGGAAAAGAAUAAGCACCUACUAUGUGCCAGGCACUGUGUUAGGCACUUUUAUACGUAUAGCCUCUUUAGGAUGAGACUAAGGGAUCAGGGCAUCCCCUUAUAAAAAGGCCCCCAAGUAAUGGAUAAACAAAAACACUUCAAGGCGAGAAGGUCUUUCUUCAAAGAUCCACGGUAAGAUCGCCUUCAGUCUGUUUGUUCUCAAAGAUCCAUCCCUGCCGAUAUCCUGCCACCUCAAAUGUCUCUUCCUCCUACCCUGCUGUGUGCACUCCUCAGAUGGUUGGAGGGGCAACCUGAGUCCUUCUACAAUUUGUGGACCAAUAGGAUAUGUGGUGUGUAUAACUUUCUUUUUAAAACUUAAGUAAAGGGGUCUUGCUACGUUCUGCUUGUUGAGUCUUCUUGGCAUUCAUCUUAAAAGCCAGCAUCUCACUAUUUAUUGACAGGUUGGCAUGUGUGCGUGAGUGUGCGUGUGUGUGUGUACUUUCCAGGUGUGCCCGUGUCCUCCUGCAGCUUUUUGAAAGUAAACCCAGUCAUCCCACUAGUAAUUUGGCAUCUUCUAGUGCUUCUAGUGUUUGGGCCAUACAUCAACAAAGGGUUUUAAUUUUUCAGUGCUGACAACAUGCUCAGAGGGGCUGGGUCAAAUUUUGAGGGGGGUAUGGGAAGGGGAGGGGGAGAAGAAUUGACUUUUAUUUUAUUAUUUAUUUUAAAUGUUUACAUCAUCUUCGUGUUGUACCAAGCCUGAUUAGAAACAGAUUAGAAACAGAUAGCAUUAAAAGACUCAGUUCCUCUGUCUCUUUUGCUUCCUUUUUUUUUCUUUUUUUUUUGAAAAUUAGGAUAAUGAUACUUUUUUGUUCCUAAAGUGAUUUGUGACUUGUGCUGUAAAAACUGUAUAAAAAGGUUCUGUUUUUAAAGAUGGAUUGUCAUUCCUCUGGGACAGUGGUCACCAAGAAAUCUACAUUGUAAAAGAACACAAUGAAAGAUCCUGCUCUAUUCCUCAAAAAUGAUUUUCUCUUUAUGAUUAAAAGUUUAUUCCAUUUAUUUUAGUUUGUGGUUACUUGAUUUUGAGGAAGGAAGUGUUCGACUUUGUAUAAAGAAUAGGUAUCAGGGUGUCUAUUCUGCAGUGGGAAAUGUAUAUAUAGUAUUUGGGUAGAUAGUGGAAAAUCAUAAGCUUUGUGCAUCUGUAUUUGAGAUAUGUCAAUUAUGUGGAGUGAAGUCUGCCAUGAGACCCCGGAGGCAAACAAGUUGUACAGGUUCCUAUAGCUCUGUGGGGAAUUUAAUUACCUUUCUGGGCACCUUUCUGUUUUUAAGUAAUGAUGAAAUGGUCCCACUGGAGAGUCUCCUAAAUAGACCCCUCCAGGUAGGACUGCGAGCUCAAAAUCUUUGUAUAAUUUUGAAAAUUAAGGAGUAGCUCUGCUCUGAAGCAUCUCUGGUGGUGUUUGUUGUUGUUGUUGUCUUGUUGUUUUACUGUAUGUAAUUCAAGCCUACAGUAUUUGCACUAAAGAAAGCUUGCUAGAAAAAGCUUGCUGCUAUGGAAGAAAGAACACAUUAAAAAUUUUUUUCCCCUUGCUUUUUUUUUUGUUUUGUUUAGCUUUUCCACUUUCAGUUGAGUAGCAUUUUGUAGAAUAAAAUGAAUUAAGAUUGAA